CUUGGAGCAAAAGCUGUAUUGACAGUAUUGUUGACGCCCUGCGUGAUUGCAUUUUUGAUAUAUAAAUGGCGUAGAAGGCAUUUAUCCAUGUACGAUGUUGUUGAAGAAUUCUUGCAAAGCCACAAUAACCUCAUGCCAAUAAGGUAUUCUUACUUUGAAAUUAGAAAGAUGACCAAAAGUUUCAAGGACAAAUUAGGCGAAGGAGGCUAUGGCAGUGUAUUUAAAGGAACACUUCGAAGUGGUCAACUCGUAGCUAUAAAGAUGUUGUGUAACUCCAAAGCUAAUGGACAAGAUUUUAUCAAUGAAGUUGCAACCAUUGGAAGGAUUCACCAUGUUAAUAUAGUUCAACUCAUUGGUUUUUGUGUUGAAAGAUCAAAGCGAGCUCUAGUAUAUGAGUUCAUGCCUAAUGGCUCUUUAAAUAAAUACAUAUUUUCCUCAGAAGUAAAUACCCUCCUAAGCUAUGACAAAAUGUAUGAUAUAGCUCUAGGAGUGGCUCGUGGAAUUGAAUAUCUACAUCAAGGAUGUGCCAUGCAGAUUUUGCACUUUGACAUCAAGCCUCACAACAUUCUUCUUGAUGAGAAUUUGGAUCCGAAGGUGUCUGACUUUGGCUUGGCAAAGCUAUAUUCAGUAGAUGAUAGCAUUGUCUCUUUGACUGCUGCAAGAGGGACGUUAGGAUACAUGGCUCCUGAGUUGUUCUACAAAAACAUUGGAGGCAUUUCAUACAAAGCUGAUGUUUAUAGUUUUGGAAUGUUAUUGAUGGAAAUGGCGGGUAGAAGAAGGAACUUAAAUGCACUUGCAGACCAUUCAAGCCAAAUUUAUUUCCCUACUUGGGUGUAUGAACAAUUGCACGAUGGAAAGGACAUAGAAAUGGAAGAUGUUACCGAAGAGGAAAAGAAAAUAGUUAAGAAGAUGACCAUGGUCGCCUUAUGGUGUAUACAAAUGAAGCCUAGUAAUCGCCCUUCAAUGAAUAGGGUCAUAGAAAUGCUUGAAGAAGAAGUUGAAAGCUUACAAAUGCCUUCCAAGCCUUUCUUAUCAUCAAUAGAGAGCCCCAUGAGGGAUGCUGGAGAGGAUUCAAAUCAAACUUGCUCAUCAAUUCAAUCAGAAGAAUCAAGUCAAACAACUCAGUUUUAAAUGCAAAUUAAGUGAUAUGAGUCUCCUCAAUUACAUUCCCAUUAAAUAGGGGCAUUUAGUGUUCUCAUCUAUAUUUGAUAGCACAAAGAUGCUUGAUGUUUAUGUGUAGUAAAUAAGAUCAGUUCCUUUGAUU